UUAAUGCGAACAAGAGUGAACAAGAGCGAGUGCGACCAAGUUCGACUACGACGCGCUUCCAAUCAUUCCAAUGUUGACGUUUGGGAAAACGUAGAACAACGAGAGAUUAGAAUAAAUUGAAGGAAGGAGAUCUAGCGACAACAUGGAAGUUCUAGAUCCGACCGUCACCAGAGAUGAUCAGCCUCUUUUUAUCAACGAUACCUUAGAAAGAGGUCAGGUUAUGACAGUUGAGAAACAGGCGGCAUCGCCAGCUGAUACGCCGUCAUGUAUCAAAGCACGUUAUGUAUUGGGCUUCCUCGGAUUUUUGGGAUUUGCUUUGGUAUACGCCAUGAGAGUCAAUUUAUCGGUGGCUAUUGUCUCCAUGGUUAAUCAAACUGCGAUACCGCACGUGGAUAAUAAUGACACCACUGACGUUUGUGACAAUAAGGAUAUCAUCAACGGAACCUUCAUUCCUAGUGCUGGAGAAUUUGAUUGGGAUGACAGAACGCAGGGUCUCAUUCUUGGCGCCUUCUUCAUCGGAUACGUAGCAACGAAUGUCCCUGGUGGGAGAAUGGCAGAGAAAGUUGGCGGAAAGUUAGUCUGCGGUCUUGGGGUAUUUUUAACAGCGGUAUUGACAGUGAUCAGUCCUUUUGCUGCUUAUUGGGGACUGACACCUUUCUUGGCAGUUCGUAUCGCCGAAGGUUUUACCGAAGGUGUGACAUUCCCAGCGAUGCACAAUAUGUUAGCUCACUGGGUGCCCCCACUGGAAAGAGGCAAAUUUGCCGCCAUUGUUUAUGCCGGUUCGAAUUUCGGAACGGUGAUUUCUCUGCCCGUGAGUGGGUGGCUUUGUUCUCUGGAAUUCUGGGGUGGUUGGCCUCUGGCAUUCUAUCUGUUCGGUGGCCUUGGUAUCGUCUGGUACAUCUUCUGGUUGCUCUUCGUCUACGACACGCCGUCUGAACACCCUCGGAUCGACCCCCAGGAAAGAGCAUACAUCGAGGCCUGCGUCGAGUCGAAAGACGAGGACGAUGAUCUUGGGGUACCCUGGCUGGCGAUUUUCACGUCUCUACCUAUGUGGGCCAUCACGAUAACGCAGUGCGGACAAGCGUGGGCCUUUUACACCCUGCUGACCGAGCUGCCGACUUACAUGGACCGCAUCUUGCACUACAACGUACAACAAGACGCAUUCCUCUCGGCACUGCCGUACUUAAGCGCCUGGAUAAUGGGCCUGGUAAUAUCGAGCAUUGCCGAUGCCCUCCUGGCUCGUCAAAUGAUCUCACCGUUGAUUUCCAUCAAAUUGUGGAAUACCGUUGCCUCCCUGGGUCCGAGUCUCAGCUUUAUAGGAGCAAUCUGGGCAGGCUGCGACCGCUUUACCGUCAUGAUGAUGCUCGCUGGUUUGGGCUCUCUCCAAGGCGCCGUUUAUGCCGGAAACCAGAUGAACCACAUCGCUCUUGCUCCACGAUACGCCGGAACUCUCUACGGCCUGAGCAAUGCUGCCGCCAAUGUCUGCGGCUUCCUGGCGCCUUACAUCAUCGGCAGGAUAGUGCAGGAUCACGAAACGCUGGCGCGCUGGCACCUGGUAUUUUGGAUGGCUGCUGGUAUAAACAUGCUGACCAAUUGUUUUUACCUGAUGUUCGCCUCGGCGACGGAACAGUCGUGGAGCAAAGGACGCAGUUGAUGACGGAAUCAUCCUAGGUGCAGAUUUAAGCUCGGCGCGGCGAACGUUCUGCCGAUCAAUCGCGUCGCCUUAAGUUCAUUCUGAUCGGACUCCUGACUGCUGCUUCGCACACGUCGCCUCUUUUUAUUAGUUCGUACUAACUUUUCAAGUUUAGACUCAUUUUCCUUUUCUCACCAAGUAAGAUAAGGCUGCGUCAGUAUUUCACUUUACUUAUGACGAGGUUUCGUACUUUGUGUCAGCUUUGGGUUCGGUGGUCUGCAAAUUGACUCGUGCACUGUUCACGCAACAUUGUCACUUUAUUUUCGAUUGUUAUUGCCUUAACUAUAAUUUGACGAAUUUAAGGUACCUUUGUACCUGAUAAACCUCUCGAGAAACAAAGCAGUGCAGGAUUUUCUCUACUUACGGUGGUCUUGUCUCCUUCAAGUGUUACGAUACUUAGUUCCGCUGGACUGUGUAAGUAUCAUUCUCGAUGGCUUCAUUGAAAUGAUGAAAUUACACGAGGGCUACCUCCUAUAUUUGAAGGAACUAACGAAAUCAUCGUGGAUGUUAAUUUUAGAGAUGUCAGUAUUUUUUUUUAACGGUUUCAAAACCGUUCAAUUAAUCUGCACCGUUGUCUUGUUAAGGUGAUAUGAGAGGUCAUUCUUUGAGUAUUGAUAAGAUCUCUGAAACGAACUCUGUGUUCGGACAGGGAAAUUUAAUGAUAUUUAAAAAUGCUCAAAUUGACUAGUAAGAUUCAUGAAACCGCUGGUGAUGAAGUGAAUUACCUGAAACCUUGGCGCAGGAAACCCCGUUAUUUUUAAUGUCCUAAGAGAAAAUGAACUUUCACGUCGGCUGCAAUUAACUUUUAAUCGUAGUCGGUGAUUCAUCGGAACCGCCAAUUGGUUUUGGCGAAAUGUACCGAAGAUAUCGAAGCCCUGUGAAAUAUUUUAUGUCAAGAUACCGAGGAUCAUGUAACUUCGUACAUGUACAGUAGGACGGUACUUUUAGAAGAACGAUAGGUAAUGGAGUAGCGUGUAGCUAUAUAAAUUAGCUAUAUUGAGUAAAAUGGUAUAGAUAGUGGGAAAGUAGAUUUUCACAUACGUAGACCAAAAAGACAAAAAUUACGGCGAUUUUUAUAAAGAAAGAUCGUAGUAGGACCUUAGUCGACAGUAUAUUCUCAAUAUCAAUGGGUGCUGUUCAACAAACAUCACUUUAGCAAUGGCUCUCUCAUACUGGACUAUCCUUUCCUGUAAUUUUUCAUUAAAAAAAAAAAAAGCUUGUAUAUAAAAUACAUAAAAUGCAUUUCUUUUAAGGCA